GGCAGCAAACUGCAACAGCAGCAGCAGCAGCAGCAGCAAAGGAGAAGCCGCAAGCUCUGGGGGCCCCUGACGAGGGGGCCCCCCUAAAUGGGGGGCCCCCGAAGGAUGGGGCCCUUUCUGAGGGGCCCCCCAUGACUAAAGAGUACCCAAAAAGAGGACUUUUGAAUUUGGGAGCCCCUAAGGAUGUGGGGCCCCACAAAGGGGGCCCCAGGGCCUCUUGUGAGGGGCCCCCCAGGGGGGCCCCCCUAGAGGUGGGCCCUGAAGAAGCUGCAAGCGCUGCAGAAGACCCUAGUGGGGGGCCCCCCAAUGGGGCCCUUAACCUGGGGGCCCCCUUAAUGGGAGCCCCCAUUCAGGGGGCCCCCAUUCAGGGGGCCCUCAUUCAGGGGGCUUCCAAUCAGGGGCCCCCAAUUAAGGGGGCCCCCAGUGAGGGGGCCCCCAUUAAGGGGCCCCCUGAACAAGGGGCCCCCGUAGAAAGAAGGCGCCGGUGGGGGGUGAGUGAGUUGGAGGCAGCAGCAACUGGUUCUUUGCCCAGCAGCAGCGAGGGCCCCUGCUGCCGCCGGUACCCUUCAAAGGGCCCUCUCAGGGGAUCUCAGGGGCCCCUCUCCAGGGGGGCCCCCCACGAGGGGGCCCCCCCAGAGGGGGCCCGCCGAAGGGGGGCCCCCCCCAAGGGGGCCCCCCCUAGGGGGCCCCCCAGGGGCCCCAGGGCCCCCACAGACACAGACGAGGGCCCCGGGGUUUUUGGGCAUUUGGGAUGGGGCCGGAGGUUUGAUUGGCAUGAGCUUUUUGCUGCUGCUGCUGUUGAUAUGUGUGAGGAAGAGUGGGCUUUGCUGCAGUGGGUGGGGCGCAGCAGCAGCAGCAGCAGCAUCACACUGCUCCUGCGCCGCGAGCAGCACGAGCCACUGCAGCAGCAGCAGCAGCAGCAGGAACAGCUGGCUCCCCGUGUCUUCCCUCAAUUUUAA